AUGAAGAAAUUUCUGCCUCUAUUUUUGUUUCUUGUAACAUUUUCUUCUGCAUUUCCUGCAGAUCGAAAGGUGGAAAAUGAAGAAAACAUGCAACUGGCUCAGGCAUAUCUCAACCAGUUCUACUCUCUUGAAAUAGAAGGCAGUCAUCUUGUGCAAAGUGAGAACAGGAGUGUCUUAGAUGGCAAAAUCCGGGAAAUGCAAGCAUUUUUUGGAUUGACAGUGACGGGAAAACUGGACUCCAACACACUUGAGAUCAUGAAGAUGCCCAGAUGUGGGGUGCCCGACGUGGGGCAGUAUGGCUACACUCUCCCUGGCUGGAGAAAACACAACCUCACAUACAGAAUAUUGAACUAUACUCCAGAUAUGCCACGAGCUGAUGUGGAUGAGGCCAUUCAAAAAGCACUGGAAGUGUGGAGCGCAGUCACUCCGCUAACUUUCACCAGGAUUUCCAGGGGAAUUGCAGAUGUCAUGAUUGCCUUUAGGACUCGAGUCCAUGGUUGGUGUCCUCGUUAUUUCGAUGGCCCCUUGGGAGUCCUUGGCCAUGCCUUUCCUCCUGGCCUGGGUCUGGGUGGCGACACUCACUUUGAUGAGGAUGAGAACUGGACCACUAAAGGCACAGUAGGAUUCAACUUGUUUCUUGUGGCUGCUCACGAAUUUGGUCAUUCACUGGGGCUCUCUCACUCCAAUGAUCACACAGCUUUGAUGUUCCCAAAUUAUGUCUCCUUGGACCCUAACAAAUACCCACUUUCCCAGGAUGAUAUCAGAGGAAUCCAGUCCAUCUAUGGCCUGCCAAAGUCACCUCCCAAGCCAAAGGGACCCAAUGUACCCCACGCUUGUGACCCUGGCCUGUCUUUUGAUGCUAUCACUACCCUGCGCAGAGAAGUAAUGUUCUUUAAAGGCAGGCACUUAUGGAGGAUCUAUUAUGAUAUUGAGGAUGUUGAAUUUGAAUUAAUUGCUUCACUCUGGCCAUCUCUGCCAGCUGAUCUUCAAGCUGCAUAUGAGAACCCCAAAGACAAGAUUCUGUUUUUUAAAGAUGAAAACUUCUGGGUAGUCAGAGGGUAUGCCAUCUUGCCAGGUUAUCCCAAAUCCAUCCAGACACUUGGCUUUCCAAGACGCGUGAAGAAAAUUGAUGCAGCUGUCUGUGACAGAAACACAAGGAAAACCUACUUCUUUGUGGGCAUUUGGUGCUGGAGGUAUGAUGAGAUGACCCAAACCAUGGACAGAGGGUUCCCACAAAGAGUGGUAAAAUUCUUCCCGGGAAUCAGUCUCCGUGUUGACGCUGCUUUCCAGCGUGAAGGUUUCUUCUAUUUCUUCCGUGGAUCAAAGCAAUUUGAGUAUGACAUUAAAGCAAAGAACAUCACCCGAGUGAUGAGAACCAACACUUGGCUCCUGUGUAAAGAACCACUGAGCUCAAUAUUUGAUUUUGAAAUCAAGGAAAAAGCACAUUCAGGAGGCGUGAGGCUAUUACAUCAUAAACAUUUAAGUUUUCUUAUUUUCAGCAUUAUUCAUCUGCUGAAAAAAAUUUAUAGCUAUCAAUAA